GCCGCUGCUGCAAUUGUGACGUCAAUUAUUUGAACAAUAUAUAUGAAGUCUCUCCGCCUUUCAUCUGGACUUAGUAGGCUAACAUUGUGGGUGUCGAGUUUCAAACUUCAGAUCCGAAACUGUGUCAGCCAUGAACUCGCUAGUGGAACUUGCGGUCAUUUUGUUAACCAUAGGAACGCUGACUACCGGCGAGAGAACAGCUCUGGAAUCGAACGUCAACAGUAUGUUUGGAUCGUGGGGGGAUGAGCAACACUGUCCAGAUGGUAGCUUCGCUAUUGGCUUUAUGAUCAAGCAAGAAGGGCCACAAGGCAGGGGCGACGACACCGCAACGAACGGCGUGCGCCUGCUUUGUGACGACAAUGACCAUACAUCGGUGACGUCGAAGGUCGGUGACUGGGGCAACUGGAUCGCCGCGGAGACAUGCGGCAACGGUCGACGCCUUUGGGGCUUCAAACUGAAGGUCGAGGAAAACCAAGUCUUUAGGGACGAUACCGCAGUAAAUGGCGUCAGCUUUAUCUGCGGGGGAGGCGAGAUACUCGAGUAUCCUGGCAACUGGGGUCACUGGAGGGACUGGCACUACUGUCCCGUGGGACACGGCAUCUGCGGCAUAAAGACGAAGGUGGAAGGGAAGAAGAUUAUGAUCUUUAAUACGGACAACGUGGCGAUGUCAGACAUGACAGUCUAUUGCUGUCCGAUGGCCUGCCUACGGAGUGACUGCGGCAACCAACCACCUGCGUAAAACAACCAGGCUUGCGAUUUUUACGAAGCUGGACCCAUAUUUUUGAAGCAAUCUUAGCCUACGAAAUCGUAAAAACCAUCGUAAGCUAUGACAUCACUAUGGUGUGAGCUGUAGUGACGUCACAAUCUACGAUGGUUUUAUAAUUUCGUAGCGCUAAGAUGGCUUCGAAAAUGUGGGCUCUGUCUUAGGGCUACGAAUAUAUCGUAAAAAACUCAUCGUAGGCUAUAAAGUCACUACAGCACACGGCAAAGUGACGUCAUAGUUUACGAUCGCUUUACGAGUUCGUAGCUCUAAAGAUAGCCUCUAGGGAUUUUCGAAGCAAUCUUAGUCUAGAUCCCCCCCCCCCCAAAAAAAAAAAAAAAAAAACACAAAAAAAACCCAACCAAAAAACAAAAACAAAAAAACCUCGUUAAUAUUUGAAACGUGCGAGUUUUUAAAGGGACAUACCCUAGUUUUUAAACACUAACGCAUAAUUUUGACUAUUAUAACCGUUUUUGAUAACUUAAAUCAUACUUUAGUUAGAUUUUAUUGUUUAGAUUAUCAAUUUCCGUACAU